AUGGCCGUCACCAAGACGCGCAUCAAACCGACGCCCUAUCCCUUCCUCCCCUUCCACAUGCUCCGCACCGCGCAACUAGCCUCCUCCCUCACCGUCCUAUCCAUAACAACCUACUUUGCACGCGAACUGCACCGGACCAACUACGCCUUGCCGUGGACGUUUAUCCUACUCCUCACCAUCUCGAUUCUAACCCUGCUCGCCCUGACAUUUACCAUCAUCCUGCACAUCCAGCACGGCCUCUCGCCGCGGCUAAAUCUUGCGCUCAAUGCCGCUCUAGCACUCGUCUGGACGCUGUCUUUUGCGCUGCUCGCGUGGUGGUCCUCGACCACGUUGACGCACGCCUGUGCGCUCGAGACGUGGGAGUCGGAGACGGGCGUCGCAGUGUGCAGGAUGUACAAAGCGCUUUUUAGUAUGGCGCUGCUGGGUAUGCUGGCUUCGUGGGGUGCGCUGGGGGUGGAUGUGUUUGUGCAGAAGGGGAGUGCAAGACGGGGGCUUUUCAUGAGUCUGGGAACGGUGCAGGGGAAGAGAGGCGCGGUUGGAAGCGGGAAAUGGGACGAGGAUGAUGUCGAUGGUGGCAUCUGGGACAUGAACCCUCAUGCGGCGGCGCUGAGGGACGCAGGCAGGGAGAGGGGAGGGGACGGGUAUGCGCUGCCUGAGGAGCAGUUUGGAUAUGCUGAUACGGCCUAUGCGGGCGCAGCAGGGCAGGUGGGGAGACGGAGCGUGGAAGGGCGGCUGUGA